GCGGGCCGCUCGCCCCUCACCAGCCAAUGGCAGCUUCGUUGGCAAAUGCGGCUGCGCGUCCAGGGCGGUGAUCGGCGGAGCCAGCAGCGGCUCCAAGGCGAGCGGCGCCCAUGGCGGCCGUCGGGCAGAGGGGUCAGCCGGCGUGCCGCCAUGUUGCGAGCCCUGCGGCGGCGCUGGGACGUGUACAAGUACCGCUUCGUGCCCUGGCUGGCCCUCAACCUCCGCCGCAAGCGCAGGACCCUUCGAUAUGUUCCUGAAAGUUCCCAAGACAAAAUUAUCUCUGAUGGUGAUGUCUUUGAAACACUACUGAAAGUAUUUAAAGCUCUGUUCAUAAAUGAUUUCGGUAGACAAGGACAUAUUUUAGCCUUGCUUCCAGAAGUCAAGUGCAAUUAUCUGGAGUUACUGAGUGUUGAGCAGAAACAGUUAAGAGCGACUUCAUGUAACCAUCAGAGCCAACAUGUGUUUAGUCCAGAGGAAGUUCUCUUUAAUACGCUAGGAUUCACCGUUAGUCGAGACCGAAGUUCCCUGGUAUCUGCUGGAACUGGAGUUUUUGUCACCAAAGGUUUUGUACCAAAAGGGACAGUUGUAUCUAUGUAUCCUGGUACAGUAUACAGAAAGCACGAGCCCAUCUUUUUCCAGUCUCUUGGCAAUCCCUUUAUUUUUAGGUGCAUAGAUGGUGUCCUUAUUGAUGGGAAUGAUAAAGGACUAUCAAGAUCGGUGUUUAGGUCAUGCAGCAGGAGAGAUCAACUUGGCCCAUUUCAAAUGAGCGAUGAGAGCUGGCUCACAGCUGCCCUGCAGAACCCACUGGCCCUGGGUCAGUAUGUCAACAACUGCUCACAUGAAAAAGCAGCCAAUGUGUGUUACCAGGAGUUUGAUGUGCCGGGAUAUUUUCCAGUAGAACUGAAACAGUAUCUUCCAAACAUCGUCUACAGCCAUGAUAUAGAGAGCCACCUGAGGUGUGUGGUGCUUGUCACUCUCAGAGACAUCAAGCAAGGAGAAGAACUUUUUUCUAAUUAUUACACUGUUGUCAGCUGAACUAAUAAAUACAAGGCUGCAGAACUGUGUGUCAUUAAAAUACUGUGUGUACUUCCAGCUUCGUGAGUGUUUUUAGAUAACAGAGGGAUGUAGCUGUACCAUUUAGACAGCAAGCUGCAAAAGCUUGUAUUUCCCUGAAAAUACUCCAUGUGAUGCAGAAGUGAAGGAAGCCAAAAAGUGGUACAAGGAGGAAGUAGUCAAGUACUUCUGAGCAAGAAGCAGCAGAACACAAGAACUGAGGAAGAAAAAGGAAAAUGGAAGAGUAGAAAUAGUGGACAAGCGCUACAGCCUGUGAAAGGUCUCCAGUUAUAUCAAACUUCACUGUGUUAUAUUUAGUUUCCCAUCUCUUCAUUAAAGGUGAAAGUCAUUCUAAUUCCCUGUGUGCCCAUUCAGCCACCAACUGGGCACCACCUGUACCUGGGAGGAGGGUGCAUGUUCACACUGUUUCAGAUGUGAUGUGCAAUCUUGCAUCAACCCAAUAAAAUUCUUACUACAAUCUA